AUGUCUCUCUGGCCGUACCUGGUCCGUGUUCUGAGCAGAGAACCCCCGCAGGUGGAAUAUCCCCCUCUCUCCAAGCAUUGCCCUCCAUUGCCAAGCACACUCUCUCACCAUGAACUUGGCAAACGCCAGGUCAGUGUUCUUGAAUAUUCCUUGGAAAUUGACCUCCCCCCCUAUAAAGUCUCCCUCGCCCAUGCAACUCCCUCCUUCCCCACGCAACUCCCUCCUUCCCCACGCAACUCCCUCCUUCCCCAUGCAACUCCCUCCUUCCCCAUGCAACUCCCUCCUUCCCCACGCAACUCCCUCCUUCCCCAUGCAACUCCCUCCUUCCCCAUGCAACUCCCUCCUUCCCCACGCAACUCCCUCCUUCCCCACGCAACUCCCUCCUUCCCCACGCAACUCCCUCCUUCCCCAUGCAACUCCCUCCUUCCCCAUGCAACUCCCUCCUUCCCCAUGCAACUCCCUCCUUCCCCAUGCAACUCCCUCCUUCCCCAUGCAACUCCCUCCUUCCCCAUGCAACUCCCUCCUUCCCCAUGCAACUCCCUCCUUCCCCAUGCAACUCCCUCCUUCCCCAUGCAACUCCCUCCUUCCCCAUGCAACUCCCUCCUUCCCCACGCAACUCCCUCCUUCCCCAUGCAACUCCCUCCUUCCCCAUGCAACUCCCUCCUUCCCCAUGCAACUCCCUCCUUCCCCAUGCAACUCCCUCCUUCCCCAUGCAACUCCCUCCUUCCCCAUGCAACUCCCUCCUUCCCCAUGCAACUCCCUCCUUCCCCAUGCAACUCCCUCCUUCCCCAUGCAACUCCCUCCUUCCCCAUGCAACUCCCUCCUUCCCCAUGCAACUCCCUCCUUCCCCAUGCAACUCCCUCCUUCCCCAUGCAACUCCCUCCUUCCCCACGCAACUCCCUCCUUCCCCAUGCAACUCCCUCCUUCCCCAUGCAACUCCCUCCUUCCCCACGCAACUCCCUCCUUCCCCAUGCAACUCCCUCCUUCCCCACGCAACUCCCUCCUUCCCCAUGCAACUCCCUCUUUCCCCAUGCAACUCCCUCCUUCCCCACGCAACUUCCUCCUUCCCCAUGCAACUCCCUCCUUCCCCACGCAACUCCCUCCUUCCCCAUGCAACUCCCUCCUUCCCCAUGCAACUCCCUCCUUCCCCAUGCAACUCCCUCCCUCCCCAUGCAACUCCCUCCUUCCCCAUGCAACUCCCUCCUUCCCCAUGCAACUCCCUCCUUCCCCAUGCAACUCCCUCCUUCCCCAUGCAACUCCCUCCUUCCCCAUGCAACUCCCUCCUUCCCCAUGCAACUCCCUCCUUCCCCAUGCAACUCCCUCCUUCCCCAUGCAACUCCCUCCUUCCCCACGCAACUCCCUCCUUCCCCAUGCAACUCCCUCCUUCCCCAUGCAACUCCCUCCUUCCCCAUGCAACUCCCUCCUUCCCCACGCAACUCCCUCCUUCCCCAUGCAACUCCCUCCUUCCCCAUGCAACUCCCUCCUUCCCCAUGCAAAUCCUCACCAUGA